AUGGAGAAGCUCAGCGACGGCCCUCCUGCUGCCGGCGACAAAGCUUCUCUACGCUGCCACCAACCCCCUCCUCCACCGGCCACAAAGCAAAUCCCCAAUGAACGGCGCACCGUCGAUACGCCGCCGUGCCCACGAAAGACGGGCUCCCACCUCCGCCGGUCGUCCUCCUCCUCCGCCACUGCCACCGCCACCGCCACCGCCGGCACCGCCGCCCCGAGGGUCGUCCUGUACAGCACCUCGCUGCGGGGGAUCCGGCGGACCUACGAGGACUGCUGCGCAGUCCGCAGCAUCCUCCGCUGCUUUGGGGUAUGGAUCGACGAGCGGGACGUCUCCAUGGACGCCGCCCUCCGGAGGGAGCUGCAGAGCCGCCUUAGCGGCGGCGCCGCCGCCGUCCUGCCGCAGGUCUUCGCCGGCGAGCGGCGGCUCGGAGGGGCAGAGGAGAUCCGACGGUUGCACGAGGACGGUGGCCUGGCGGAGCUCCUCGCCGGAGUCGCUCGGCGUGACCCGCGCUUCCUGUGCGCCGCCUGCGGCGGCGCGAGGUUUGUUCUCUGCGGCAGCUGCGACGGCGGCCGGAAGGUUUUCGACGAGGAGGAGGACCGGCGGCGCAGGUGCCCCGACUGCAACGAGAACGGCCUGGUCCGGUGCCCCCACUGUUGA